CUGUGGCAUUUAGUCUCUGUAAUGUAUGGAUUUUGAUUUUGUUUCUUAAAUCGUGAAAGUUCCUUAAUCUCUUUCGAGUGUUUAUUAUAAUUUAAUACCACUACAUAUAUUUUUUUAUUUGUUAUUGGAAAUAACAUUUUUUAGUAAUUAAUUGUAAACCUAAAAUAUCAAUAUGAAACGAAGUUAUGAUUCAAUGGUUAAUUCUUCAAUUGAAAUUAGUUCAUAUCGUGAUCAACAUUUUAAGGGCUCCAGAAGUGAACAAGAACGGUUGCUACGUAUGUCAUCAACUUUAUAUAUUGGAAAUUUAUCAUUUUAUACAACAGAAGAGCAAAUUUAUGAAUUAUUUUCUAAAUGUGGUGAUAUUAGAAGAGUUAUUAUGGGACUGGAUAAGUACAAAAAAACACCUUGUGGUUUCUGCUUUGUAGAGUAUUAUACAAGAUUAGAUUCAGAAAACUGUAUGAGGUAUAUAAAUGGGACUAGAUUAGAUGACAGGAUAAUUCGUUGUGAUUGGGAUGCUGGUUUUGUGGAAGGUCGUCAGUAUGGGCGGGGGAAAACAGGUGGCCAGGUCAGAGAUGAAUAUAGAACAGACUAUGAUGGAGGCCGUGGUGGCUAUGGAAAAAUAAUUGCACAGAAGUUUACUCCAAAUACCUUAGAACGCUGAUCUUAAUUAUUAUAUUUUUUUUGUGUGGAUUAUUUUAAUUGAAUGAUUUGUUUCUAUACCUUGUGAAAGACUGUAAUAUAGAUAAUAAGGUAUCUGCGACUCUGUUAUUAAACCUAUUUUUACCACUUGUAA